AUGUCCUUCGCCGAAGGCUCGUCGCAGUAUGCGCAAUCUCCCAGACUAUCUCAGUUCACGCACUACGAUGCCUCGACACCACCUCUCCCGCCGCCAAAGCCCUCGAGCGGCAGAGACACUCCAUCUCGAGGCCCCCCACUGCCACCUCCACCGACAGCCCAGCCAUCAUCCCUGAACUCAGCAGACGCCUAUGCCAACCAGCACCAGAAUCAGAUUCCACUUCCUGCACCUGGUUGGCUGCCUUCGAUCGUUCACGAUCUGUCUACCGACGAUCUCAAAAGACUGCUCGAGAGUCCUGACGUACAAGCUGCUCUGCUGAACGACUACGAGAGCACGCAUCCUUCGAUACCUGCCUCUCAAGAUAGUCUGCGUCAAGUCCUCGACUCGAACCUCCAGAUAGCUUCCUCAUUGCAACAAGUCGAAUCCCGCUUGCUCCAUCAACGCGCCCAAACCCAAUCUCGUUUGAUCGCUCUUCGCGCUCUCGAACAGCAGCACAAGUCGAAGAUUGUCGAAACCGAGGAUACUCUGAAAGGCUUCAGCCCCAUGGCUCUGUACCAGCGCCUGAGUGCCAGCGCUCAGGAACAAGAUGCUUUGGUAAAAGGAAUCGAGGACAGCUUCCUCGACGAUGGUGGUCUUGCUCCGGACAGAGAGGUCCAGGACUUUGUCCGUCGUUUGAGAGAAGCCAAACGUGUCGCCUUCCUUCGCAAUCAGCGCAAAGAACGUUGGGAUGAAGGAAGAGUUGGCGGCUGGAGAUGA